CUUUGUACGGUUGAAAUGCCGCUGUGCUGUCGUUAGAUCACAAAGGAUUGCCCUUAACAAUGUUUGUAGGUAGUGUCGUACGUAAAUUAUUUUAAUACUUUUCUUUAGAUACCUAUUAUAAAUAGGUAUAUAUGUUCCAGCGUUUUCUGUGGUUUUUGCAAUAACUAUCGGCGGCCGAUAUAUCGGCCAAAUAGAUCGAUACCGAUUAUCGGUAUGUUGGUCGACAUGGCCGAUAGGCCGAUACGUAUAUCGGUAUCGGUCGAUCCCUAGUAGAAACAGUACUGUAUGUGUAUUACAAUUUAUAGUAGACAAUACUAUUUGUAAUUAAAUCAUUUCUUCAUUCAUGGGAAAAUUCCAUUUUUAAGCGUAUUAUACAAUUAUACAUAAAUUAAUGUCCUGUAUCUUACAGAGCCAUGAAUCAGAUUGUUAUAAAAAUGAUGCUCCAAAUGAUGCGUCUCCGCCAGAAAGGUUGAACCCAAAAAGUAUCCCAAGAAGAAGAGGUAGGCCACCUACUGUAGAUGCCGACAAGCUUAGAGAAAUUGCACGAAAUGAGGCAGCUGUGGUGGUAUUAAACGGAAAAAUAUUGCCAAGAUCCAAUGCAGUGUGGGCUGAGCUGAUACUCAAAUACAAAGUAACAAUGUCAUUAAAAGGUUUUCACAACGCAUUUCACGAAUGCAGAUAUGGAAUUGGAGACAUCUUGGGUUUGAAAAAAAAUCACGUUUAUAGACCGCCUUGUAUAGAAGAACUAUCUGAAGAAUCAAGCACUUCCCAGGAAAACGAAGAAGUGGAUGCCAAUCACUACCGCGAUUUUUUCAUUUCAAUACCUGCGGAAAAAUGGGCUUUCAUUGCACCCACUACAGUACACGAAAAGUCUAGAGAUAUGGACAGGCUACGACGAGGCGUUUGGACUGAUGUUAUCGCCGAUAUGAUAAUAGAAAAAAAGCGAAUAUAUUGUUGUUGGAGUUUCAAGAACCAUCAAGUGGCAAAAACAAAUAACGCUAAAAAAUAUUUAGUAUUCAGCGCAAGAUGUGUAGACUGCGGAGCGUGGUUAGAAGGAAGCGUUGAUGAAAAACCACAUGAUGGUACAAACGUUAUUGUUAACAUUACAAUAAAGGAAGGUGAUUUAAGCAUGAAGCAUACAACUAGAAGACAACUCAAAUCCGUUAAACGAACAGAAAAAGUUAACCAAAUGAUUGUCCGCAAAGAAGCUCCAAGCAAAACUCGCAACGAUGAUGCGAGUAACUUAAUGCGACACGGAGAACUGGAACCACCAAAUUUGCCAAGGUUAGGGGUAUACUCAAAAGCACUUUCCGAGAGGAUUACGGGUCAACGUUUACACAAAGAUCCAAUGAUUGCUGUCCAUAGACUUCAGUAUCUUCAGCCUAUUGGAUUAAUGAUACACGAGGUAGGAUUUGAAUUCGUUCACUUUUGGACCGCUGAACAACAGACAGUGUUCAAUGCAUGUCAUAGCAAAGGUCAUUCUAAAUUGUCAAUAGACGCCAGCGGUAAAUUUGUACACAAACUUCCUCGCCCGGGAGGAACAUUAUCUGGCCAUUUUUUCCUUUAUAUAAUGGUGAUAAAUAUACCAGGGAAAGGUAAAUCUCAAAUUCCAGUUGCCCAAAUGCUUUCUGCUAGACACAAUGCUGUAGCUAUUCAGUACUGGAUGAUGGAAUUUAUCCGUCUCGGCGCUGCUGUACCAAAGGAAGUUGUGACUGAUGACAGUGGGGCAUUAGUGAGUGCUGUUUGUAGAGCUUUUGCUAAAAUGCCCGAUACAGAAUCUUACAUUAAUAAAUGCUUUCAAUUUCUCCAAGGAGAAAUUUCUCAAUCAGAUAUGCCCGCUUGUUAUGUAAGAUUAGAUGUAGCGCAUAUAUUAAAGGCCGUCGGUGGAUGGAAAGAACUAGAUAAAAAUAGAACGCCGCGUUUAGUUCGUAGGUUUUAUCUAAAGGGCGUAGGACUUCUUGUAGAUACAUGCACAAUAGAAGCCGCAGCUGAAAUUAUGAAAGCUAUCCUCACAGUAGCUCUUAGUGAACGUGAAGGGGUGUCGGUUCUGACAGGAGAAAACACGCCUUCAGAUGAAAAAAAAAUGUUUCUUAAGAAUACCUAUCGAACUGCAGGAUUGCCGGAAACAUUCAACGCCAUCGAGGAAAUACUGGGAACAACAGAUCCGUAUCAAUCCGAAUAUGACGCCUCAAUUCGAGAAGAAACAAGACCAAUCUCUCCACUGCUUAUUGACGAUGCAAACGUAGAAGACAUGGCCGCAACAGGAAAGGCCUGGGUAAAAGAUAUUGAAAGCGCUAGCAGAGAUUUGGUGCAACAAAGCGCGGAUGGUGAUCGAGACAAUAUGAUGUUCCUGCCUCGGGUGGUUAAACCUCUUUUACAUCUUUUUUCUCGUUUUCCACUAUGGUCAAAAGUUAUGAAUGACUACUUUAGAGUAGACAGUCGACCAUCAUCAGCUGGCGUAGAAAGCACCUACAACGAUUUAAAAACACGAAAAUUACAACUUCCAAUGAGAAUAGAUAAUUUUUUAAUAGAAUAUUACAAAUACAUUGACGGGGCAGUAAAACUUGCUGGUGCGACCGACUUUGUUCAAGAAACAGAUAAAAUUAUCAACUCAAACGAUGGACAGCCUCCAAAUAUUAAUUUGCUAGAAGAAAUAGUAAGUUUACCUUCGGCAAGCAAAAAUAUAUCUUCAUAUUCACCAAACAAUGAAAAUACCUCAGAGUACGCAUUUUGUUCUCAAACAUCUAACCUUCUUACUUGCUCUUUGUGUUUGGAAGGAAAUCUACCUGGAGGUGCUCACGUUUGCGUGAACUGUAAGAAAGCCAUCCAUAAUCUUGAUUUCUGCUCCGUUCCCGUAAACACUAAUGGUGAAGAUGAAGGCUACGGUCAAAGGAGACGUUGUAUUCAGUGCAACGCGAAGUUGAUUAGCGCUCCAAAUGUUAGUUCAAGUUCCACUGCAAGAGAAAAAACGUUUGAAAAAUUACUCACGGAAUCUAAUCCUUCUGCACCGUAUCUUAUUGAUCGAUUAGAUAAUGUGGUUUUAUCCCCCAAACACCAAGCCAUAAUUAAAGAAUCGAGAGAAACUGAACACUGGAAGGGUUUAGGUGGGUCUCCAAAAACGAAGAGGAAGGCGAGAUACUUAGGCCCGUGUCCUGAAUGGGCUACAAUUGAGGAAAGCAACGUGAGAAAUGCUCCAAAGGUAGGGUUUUUAAGAAAUGGUGGCCUCAUAUCUGCAAAACCUAAAAGGUCUAGUGGAAAAAUAAUGCAACUUAAAAACACGUGUGCAUUCGAUAGCAUUGUCCAAGUUUUAGCUUGUAUUUAUGUAGACAGUUUAAAAGUUAGGGAUUGUUUUGAGUCUAUGGAGAACCCUUGUGAAGUGCUUCGUCUUGCGCAGUACCUUGCACAAACGUCAAGAGCAGGUCUUCAGGCUACUAACAUGCGUUCCUCUAUUUUGACGCAAGCAUUCCCUGGCAAAGAACUUGUAGGUGGAGUUAUUUCGCACGAUUGUGUAACUACUGCUGCACAUAUGUACACAGUAACAAACUGUCCCGAAAGUUUUACCGAACAUAUACAUUGUCCUUCGCCCUAUUGUCCAGAACCAAACAUCAAUAAGAAGUACCAUAUAGUACGUAUAGACCCCGAAGGGUUAGGUGAGCUGGGAUUAAAGAACUUGCAGGAUGCAAUCCAACAAAUAGUUCCUGGUCAAAUAUGCAGCAAAAAACUUUUGACGGAAGUUCCACAAAACUGGUAUAAUUCUGAUGUUUAUACAGAUCCAGAAACCAAAGAAGACAAAGUAAACUAUUACUGCUCUGGAGUAAUAGAGAGGACCUACACUCCGUCUUCAUUGCUGUUUAUGGAAAUCUUGUCGACAAAUGAAAAUAAGCGAAGCCCUAAUGCACAAUUUCAGGACGUUGGCACGGAAGAACUAAUUCGUUGUCUUCUGUCUUCUAUACCUCCUGUGAUCUCGUUCCACAAAUCAACCUAUCGAUUACGAGGGGUAAUUAAUUAUAAAGCCCCUAUCAUUGCAAGUGAUGAUGGACAUUACAUAGGGUAUAGUCUAAGGUGUGAUGGUACGUGGGAGGUGUUCGACGAUCUCAAAACUAAAGUGUCCAGAGCAAGCGGCGACACCUCUGUGUCACCUCACUCUUUAAUAUAUUCGUGGUAGCGCAUAACAACGAAGUAUCUACCGGGUAUAUUUAUUUAAACAAUGAUU